GUCCUUUAUUAAUCAAUGGGCUGGAGUCUGGACCGCUGGAGAGCAGAUCAUAAAAAACACGUCAAUAUCUUGAGAACGGCCCAUAAAUAUAAUCCAAAGUUAGGGGAAGCUAUCCGGUCGGAGGAUUUGUAUGUAUGAAUAUGGCAACUGCAUUCGCAGCAGUGGCAAGACCAUCCUCAAUGGUGUUGCUAACGAGACAAAGAUCCAUACCCAGGUGGGUCUUCACCCCUCUCGCUUCUUCCCCUUUGUUUUCGUCGACUUCUUCCUCUGCUCCUUUAAGAAAGCUCGUUCUCUACUCAAAGCCCGGUUGCUGUUUGUGUGAUGGCCUCAAAGAAAAACUCCAGGCUGCCUUCUUACUCGCCGGUCCUGAUUCCCUUCACGAUGUUGAUUUACAGAUAAGGGAUAUAACCAGCAAUCCUGAGUGGGAAAUGGCUUAUCAAUAUGAGAUACCCGUGUUAGCCAAAGUACUCUCUGAUGGCACUGAGGAAAUCCUACCUAGGUUAUCUCCACGUCUUGGAGUGGAGCUCGUCCAAAAGAAGAUUGCAGCUGCUUUGAAACAAUAAGAGGAUUCGAGGGUCAUUGAGUGAUCGAUACUCAAGGAUGCUCUUUGUUUUUUAAUAUAAAGAUCUUAAGUGCGAAGGAUGAUUCUACUACGAUUUUUUUAACAUUGAUUUAGGGAAGUAAACUUUGAACAUUAAUCAAAUCAGGCAUUCUGUCUCUUCUGUGAAGUUGUUCUACUUCCUUUUCCACGUUUCUUUAAAGACAAAUCAAGUUUCAAGGCCGAAGCUGUGAUUUGCAUCAUCAAGCACCAUUCUCUCCUUUUUCCUUUAUUUUAUUUUCUGUACCAGUAAAGGACCAGAAAGUGUUUGAUAUGUAUCUUCAUUUUCAUAAGCUUUUAUGAAUAUGGCUGAUCUAUGAUUGCAAAAGACAAA